AUGGCCGGCGGGUUUGGCGGCGGCGAGGCGGCCGCCGGGAGGGCCGAGUUCUACGAGGGCAAGAUCACCGGCUACUUCAUCCUCGCCUGCAUCGUCGGCUCCUUCGGUGGAUCCCUCUUCGGCUAUGACCUCGGAGUCUCCAGCGGCGUGACUUCCAUGGACGACUUCCUGAAGAAGUUCUUCCCGGACGUGUACCAUCGGAAGCAGGCGCACCUGCACGAGACGGACUACUGCAAGUACGACAACCAGCUGCUGACGCUCUUCACCUCCUCGCUCUACUUCGCGGGCCUCGUCUCCACCUUCGGCGCCUCCUAUGUGACCAAGCGCCGGGGCCGGCGCGCCAGCAUCAUGGUGGGCGCCACCAGCUUCUUCCUGGGCGGCGCCAUCAACGCGGCUGCCAUGAACAUCGCCAUGCUCAUCGUCGGUCGCGUGCUCCUGGGCGUCGGCAUCGGCUUCGGCAACCAGGCCGUGCCGCUCUACCUCUCGGAGAUCGCCCCCUACCGCAUCCGGGGCGCCGUCAACCAGCUGUUCCAGCUCACCACCUGCCUGGGCAUCCUCGUCGCCGACAUCAUCAACUACUUCACGGACCGGCUGCACCCGUGGGGGUGGCGCCUCUCGCUGGGGCUCGCCAUGGGCCCCGCCACCGCCAUCUUCGUAGGCGCGCUCUUCCUGCCCGAGACGCCCAACAGCCUCGUGGAGCGCGGACACCUGGAGGAGGCGCGCCGCGUGCUGGAGAAGGUGCGCGGCACGCACAAGGUGGACGCCGAGUUCGAGGACCUCAAGGAGGCCAGCGACGCCGCGCGCGCCGUCACGGGCACGUUCCGGAACCUGCUCGCCGUGCGCAACAGGCCGCAGCUCAUCAUCGGCGCGCUCGGCAUCCCGGCGUUCCAGCAGCUGUCGGGGAUGAACUCCAUCCUCUUCUACUCGCCCGUCAUCUUCCAGAGCCUUGGGUUUGGAUCCUCCGCGGCGCUCUACUCCUCCAUCAUCACCGGCUCCAUGCUCGUCGUUGGCGCGCUCAUCUCCAUGGUCAGCGUCGACCGUCUCGGCCGCCGGUUCCUCUUCAUCGAGGCGGGCAUCCAGAUGAUCUCCUCCAUGGUCGUCGUUGCUGUGAUCCUUGCGCUCAAGUUCGGGAAAGGCGAGGAGCUGAGCAAGGGCGUGAGCACGGUGCUGGUGGUGGCCAUCUGCCUCUUCGUGGUGGCCUACGGCUGGUCCUGGGGCCCGCUGGGAUGGCUGGUGCCCAGCGAGCUGUUCCCGCUGGAGAUGCGGUCGGCGGGGCAGAGCGUGGUGGUGUGCGUCAACCUCUUCUGGACGGCCGCCGUGGCGCAGUGCUUCCUGGCCGCGCUGUGCCACCUCCGGUGGGGCGUCUUCGUGCUCUUCGCCUCGCUCAUCGUCGUCAUGUCCAUCUUCGUCAUCCUCCUGCUGCCGGAGACCAAGCAGGUGCCCAUCGAGGAGAUCUGGAUGCUCUUCGACAAGCACUGGUACUGGAAGCGCGUCGUCCGCAGGGACCCAAAGUACCAGGGCAACCUCCACCAGCAGCAGCAGGAGAUGUCCAGAGCAUGA